GAUGCAACCUUAAAUGCACGUCCUGUAAUCUGUGAAAUAAAUUUCGUAAUAAUCCAAACAGAACUCGAAAAUUUGAUAAGAACAUUUUCAACGCGUGACGAUCAAUUUAUAAUUCAACAAAAUGAUUCAUAUUUACAUUUUAUUAAACUCAAUGUACCAGUCUAAAUAUUAUAAACGUUCUCCUAAACAUGGGACUCCUAAACAGGACCCCCUAGUAUUGAAAAAACACAAAUGGAAAAAUGCAAAAAUAAAAACAAGAAGAAUAAGAAUAAGAAUAAGAAGAAUAAUACGAAGAGAAGAAUGUAUUCUGCCAAGGUGAUUACAUCGCGGUUACGUAAUAGUGACGGCUACUGAAAGACUUUCGCAGGAGACCGCCAAAAAUGUCCUGGCAGUUGGGAGGUACCGGGCGCAAAACCGCACGCAGAGAAGAAGAGGUAUUACUGGUAGCCGAGGUGGUAACGGCGAUGAUGCUAGUGGUAGUAGUAGUAGUAGUAGUGGUGGUGGUGGUGAUGAUGAUGCCUGGUGGUGUGUUGCUGCCGUAGAUGCUGAUGAUGAUGAUGAUGAUGAUGAUGAUGAUGAUGAUGGUGGUGGUAGUCGUAGUCGUAGUCGUAGUGGUGGUGGUGGUGGUGGUGGUGGUGGUACUAGCACAUCGCGAUGGCGGUGGUAAAAGAACAUGACUGCUCGAUCGUGACCCAACAAAGGGAGGGGGAGGGAGUUGCGAAGAAAAGAGUUAGAGAGAGAAAGAGAAUGAAAGGAAACAGCUUUGAACCUAGAGACAAAGAAGGAUAGAAAGAGAAAGAAAGAGAGAUGACAGCAGAGCGCAAUGGCUUAUGCGGGUGGAAGAAGAGUGAAAGAGGAAGAGGAGGUGGAGGUGGUCUACCCAGUGGUGGUAGUAGUAAUACUGUUGGUGGUGGUGGAGGUGUUGGUGGAGGUGGUAAUGGUGAGGAGGAGGUAGGAGAUGCAGCCUCCGCCAGUAUCCACGUGUUCAGUGUAGUAGCGCGUUAUGACCCGGAUGUUAGAUCGUAGCUGCAGUUUCGCGAGAACCUGCCGACCCGGAUGUCCCGCUCGACGUCUACCGCUGAUCAACAGCUAAUGUCCUCCUGGCCACCAAAAUAUGUUCAAUCGGUAAGUCCGAUAUUAAUAAUCGUAUUAUAUAUCUAGAAUAUCUUAUUUUCUCAUCCUAGAAAAAAAUAUAUCUUCUUAUCUAUCGAUAAGAAGAAUCAAUGAUCUAUGAAUCUUUAUGUGGUUUAUAGAGAUCUUUGCGUUAUCGUUUAAGAACUUCAUUGAUUUUUGUUCAUAAUAGUUGAAGGGAGGUUUUUUUUUUUAUGAAUGAUCUUUACGCGCGAUAGUGUUGAAUCUUUCUUUUUAGGUUUGUCUAUCUAUUCGGAAAUGAUACAAGGUGACAAUAAAAUAGGAUCAGAUAAUCGAAACGUGCGUAAUUAGGUAUGAGUUGCGCAAGUAUGAAUUUGAACAAAUCGUAAAUCGAAAUACGGGAUGAUAAAAAGGAUGAGAUUAAAAGUAGGGGAGAAGGUUAUCGGUUUAGGGGGGAGGGUAAAAAUGGGAAUGGUCAGUCGGUAGGUGAUCGAACGUAUGUUUAGUGGUAACGCAUCGAUGUGUGCUUGAAGGAUAGAUGCGAGCAAAUCGACGAAAGGCGCCAGCAAACUACGAAGGGACCUGAUAAAUGCCGAAAUCGCGAAUCUACGUGAUCUACUCCCGCUACCGCCCUCGACACGCCAGAGACUUUCUCAGUUGCAACUUAUGGCCUUGGUCUGCGUCUUUCUGCGAAAAGCCAACUACUUUCAACAAGGUGGUUGGGGAGGAACAUAUGCAUAACCAUGUAUGAAAGACGAGGGGUCGCAAGGGAGGAAGGGAGGUUACUCGAUAGACGGACCAAAAAUACCCCACUUAGCGUAUUUCGCUUAUGCCCUGAAAAAUUGUCCGUCGGAAUCAUCGAACAUGCCAACGCCAAACAUCGGAUUUUCCAAAGCUAUGUCCGGAUUUAUCAUGAUGAUGACGCAACAAGGAAAAUUAUUGUACAUAUCGGAAAAUGCUGCAGAAUACCUCGGGCAUUCGAUGGAGGAUUUGUUAAUCCAUGGGGAUAGCGUUUACGACGUGAUAGAUAAACAGGACCACAUGAUAGUUCAAAAUCAAUUGGCAAGAAAUAGUCCAGCACCGAACGACAGAAGAUUAUUCCUUUGUCGGAUAAACGUGUCAAGAAAUUCUCGAAGGCAGCUUCGGUUUGGCGAUCAAAAGGUCGUCCUAGUUGAAGGUCAUUUCUUACCUUUCGUUCCUGUUUGCAAUCGUAAUGAAUUCGUUUUUCUGGCAUCCUGUACUCCGGUUGUUUUACCGGAAACACGAGAAAGUAUCGUUCAAGGAGCCACGAAUAUUUUUACUACGAUUCACUCGAUGGACAUGAAGUACCUGCACAUUGAUAAAACAGCGGAAAGUCAUAUGGAGUAUAAUCGUUCGGAGCUCGUUGGUGUUUCGUGGUACAAUCUUUUGCAUUGGGAUUCGAUACGAACGGCUUAUUGCAAGCAUCAGACAGUUAUACAAUCGGAUCAAGAAAGAUCGAGUACAGCUUUGUUGAGGCUACAAAGUCGUUCCGGAAGGUGGUUCUGGGUUCAUUGCGUUCUCCAAGUGAAGGAAACUUCGGAGGAGUGUCAGCAUCCUAUAAUCGUGUGCACCAAUCAAGUAUUAAGCGAUAGAGAAGCCGAAGUUAUGCGAUCGAGUUCAUGGUUGUAUCAAUAUUCAUCUCAAGCGAAAUUCACUUACGGUAUAUGUUCAACUGGACAGACACGUGGCGUGGCAUACACGGUUGGUGCACAGAGUACUGGUUCACAGCAACAACAGGAAUACGUACGAUCAUCGUCAUUGGGACACAGUAGCGAUGCCGAACAGUCUCCAUCGAUUUGCAACUUGGAUCAAGAAUCUCAUAGAUCUACAAAGACAGAACCGGUGGAUUAUCCUAGCAGGUUGCCUUGGGACGAUGUAGAACCGGUCGACAUGUCUAUCGGUAGUGCCCAAGAACACGACAACAGGAGUCUACAGUUUCACUCGCAACAUGGCAACCCCCAUCAUCAUCAUCAUCAUCAUCAUCAUCAUCAUCCUCCUCCUCCUCAGGGACUUGGACAAUUCUCCGGUAGAUACCAUAAGUCCCAUCAAAAAAGUUCCUUACAUUUGGCUGGAUACAGAGGGAAAUUUGUGCAAUAUCACGGCCAGUUUAGCAGCGGGACGGACACUCCGAAAUAUUACAUCACCGAUCUGGACAAGGAAUACGGAUGUACCGGUGAUCAGCGGAGUACCGUCCACAAACGACUCCCUACGAAAGUUUUACCAUCAGCGAUAACAGUUGGCUCGAGCGCCAACGAGCCAGUCGAGUCCUCGACGGAACAUUGGAGUUCCAGUCCAGCAUGGUCCGACGCGUUGCAGAGGGUCCCGGACGUGGUUCAUCAGGAGCUCAGUCCGUAUAUCACCACACCGACGACUCCUGCAGACACACCAGAUUCCGAUUUACAUUCCGAGGCACCUAUUUUCAAUUUCGACUGGGCCGGGGAACAACACGUACCCAAUUUGAAGAUAACAUUUCGUAGCUCCAAUCACGAACCAAAAGAGGUUCAAGACGUCCAACCUAUAACUCUACAAUUACCCCGUAGAAAGGGCCAUUCCGGUGACGAGUCUAAGGACUUUGCCAAGUGAAUGUCCGUUUCUUUUAGUUAGACCAAUCUCUCUUUAUAAUUUAACGACUUUCGCGUCCUCUGAUAUCUUCUCUUGUUCUUUAUUUUAUUUUAUUUUAUUUUAUUUUAUUUUUAUUUUCUCUCCUAUACAAUCGUAGCUCAUAAAUUUAACGGUGCUGUGGAUAACCGAGUAUUUACGUUGACCUAAUUGUUGUCGACGAUUAAUCUAAUCGGUGAAGUAUUGAUGAUCUGUGCCUUUUAGAUUUUAAUAAUAUAGUUCUUUUUUAGUAAACGGACCCCCCUUUGCUUGUUAUAAUUCCUAUACGAAUUGAUACGUACAAGUAAAGGUAAUCUGUUCAAUUUAGGGCUAACUUUUUAAAUAGAAAUAUUAGUAGCGAUACGCAGCGUGCAUAUGUAAGAGAGUAGAUUUUUAAAUACGAGGAAGGACAAACGAUCAGAAUUUUUGCGUGAGAAAGGAUGCACGAUAAAUUAACGAUUAGAACGAAAAUAUUUUCGUAGAUAUCAAAAUGGCAUUAGAUAUAACAAUAAAAAUGAAUGUAUCGUUGCAUAUAGUUACCUUUAUCACGAAAAAUAAUAUGGCGACGACGAUGACGAAAACAAAGACAACGAAUGGCAAAAAUAUUAUCUUCUUUUUGUUUUUUUUUGUUGUACAGCGAAUUUUACGCGAAAGUAUAUCAACAUAAAACAAUAAUAGAUUUAUACGUGUAAUUUUUUGUAGGAUAAAUUUGUCGCAAACUCGUAUUGCGAAUAUUUUUUAUGUAGACGUUCCUGAGCACCCAAUGUAUAAACGUACAAUUUCUAAUUAAUAAUGUUCGCGCAUAAUAGUAUCCUUUCAUUUUCUUUCUUUCUUUCUUUCUUUCUCUCUCAUAUCAGGAAUUUUAUAUUAUUAAUUAAUUAGUAUUGAAUGAGAAAAAAUUGACGCGCCAAAAUGGCGUCUCAAAAAAAGAACGUAUAAUUACUUUAAUACUAUUUGUUACGUGUUUCCGGUAUAAUUAGGCGAGAGUAAGCAUUUAUUAUUAAUCCUUUGAUUUAAAAUUAAGUUUAUCUUUUUGUCGAAAAAGAGGAAAGAAUUAAAGAUGAAAUAAUAUAUUUGCAAUAGUUUAACGAGAUUGCAAAUUAUUUUUCGUAUGAAUGAAUUAAUUGAUCGAUCAUCCCCUAGUUCCUAUUUCACAAAUAAUUAAUAACAAGAGUUUUGAAUUAUAGUAAAAGAAAUAGAAUUUAAUUUUUUCGUGUAUAUUUGAUUGAUAUCUUAAAUAUAUAAUUUCGUAAUCACAAUUAUUACGUAGGAUCGUAAGAAGAUUUUCGAGAGAUAUUUUUAUACUACUUGUUCUAUUUUUCUUUUUUCCUUUUUUUUUUAUUAUUAUUAUUAACAUCCAAUAGCUUACUAUCGCCUGUAUUUUAUUGUCCGUGCCAUUUCGCUAUUAGACAAUUUUUCUGUCUCUUUCUCUCUCUCU